UGGAAAUAGACUGUUUCCAAUGGACUUCUUCAUGAGUGGGCGCCCAAGGCUUAGUGGCCAACCACUUGCAGCACGAACAAUAUAUGUUCAUUACGAAUACGAGAUUGUCCCUGAGCCAUGUUAUUCAACUUACUCAUAUUUUCAUUGGAGUCAAGAAAUUCUUCGGCCCCAGAUCGUGGAAGACUUGAUGGUAUCGUGGGUGUUGAAAGGCUCAACAAUAUAGAGUUCUUCUGGAGGCAACGAACGCAUGUCGGCUAAUAAGGUUUGAUAUAGUGAACCCCUAUAGUUGAGCCUCUAGAACCAAGUACACUUGCAACUUCAAACUCUAAAUUCUGCAUCUCAAUCGAUCGAACUCCCAUGUCGAAUGCAACGCAGUUGCCUGUUCUCAUUGGAUGUCAUCGAUGGCGGGCACGGGGCGGGUAAUGCGUCCGGCAAGGAUUGGGAGCCAGUGUUAUCAAGGUGAAAGCAUGGGGCUGGCACUGAUGGCAACUCCCCAUUUACAAUUUUUUUAAUACUGAUGUUUGCAUAGGCAUCAAGGGUUACCAACUGGGUGCUGGAGAACCCUGGACAAUAUCAUCAGAUGUCUCGUUCUUGCUACGACAUCCUAGUCAAAAAUGCCCAUCUGGUCUAUUUCAGAUGAACCGCAGGACCGUGGCCACGAAUUAAGACGUUCAUUUUCACGUUCGACAUCUACUCAAUAAUCUCUGAAGUCUUCUCGGCUUGGUGUUCGCUCUGCAUGUGGUAAUUUGAGAAUAAAUGACGCACAUGACUUCAUGAAUCCGUAUACCUCGAAUUGAUGUGGAAGUUUGGAUGAUCAUUGUCUAUUCGAGUAGAUACGAAGACGGUCUGAAUUGGGCAAUUUCGAAAGUGGAAAGCAAUGAACUGGUCGUGUUGAGGCUCCGACAUUACGUCUUCAUUUGCCGCUGUCCCCUUGAUGACUAUCUGUUCCUUGAGGUUUCGGUAAAUGGAAGCUGCAGGUCCUUUGGACGUCAUGUCUGUUCUCCAAACAUUGGACUCCAGGUCCUGUAUUAAUCACCUCUCCGUCCCGCACACAGCUUCCCCAUGAUUGGCUUUCAAACUCUGUUACAGUACUUCCGAUCACCUGAGAUUAUGAGCCAUGGGCUCACAGGGAGGUAAGCCCUAUUUUGCCUAGCACGGUAAUUAGUGCGGUUAUCGCCAGGCCGUUGCCUUUCAUUGGACAGCAGGACAGAAAGCACCUACCAGUUCCCAAAUUCUCACUUUACCCCCUAUGAUCUGUUACAAUGGUGAAGGAAACGAGUCGUCGGAGUCCCGGGGGGCUUGUAGUCCAUGGAAAGUACAUUAUAUUGGGGGGAAAGCCAAUAUUAGCUUCGUUAUUUAUCCUACGUUUAUCAUCCUCUUACUAGUUUGAAAACCAGGCUCUAUUCUCUCAUGAGCGUUGUGACCGAAUGAUUUGGUUAACUGGAGAGUGCCAGGAGUAACUUCAAGAAAUAUGUUGUCAAUCGAUGUAGAAUCGUAGGCUCUGCUCCUUUCUUUUGUCUUAUACGCUGGGAGGAAGGCCUUGUCAGGUUGACUGCCAGAAAGGGAAUUUGAACUGACGAUUAUCCAGUUGGAUCUGGUUUGGAUUUGCAACUGCAGUGUUAAUACUCAGAUAGUAAGUUCCGUCACUUUUAUGGCUCAAUACUUAUCUAACUUGCUACCAAUAGUGUCUCAAGAUGGCAACAACUGGGCUCGAUUACCCGUUACCAAGCAGAAGAUUAUGUGAUGAUUGCCACCUUUGUAAGUACAUCACAGUUCGCUGUAACCCAACUAACGAAUAUAUAGCUAUUCUACACCCAGCUAAUAGUAGUUAUGAGAUGCGUCGCACAUCUAGACUCCAAUUUAAUUUUACCCGAAGACAUACCACUCCUGACACCUGAAAGCACCAAAUCUCGAAUCCGGGGAUCCAAAUUAGUCCUUGUAGUUGAGCAGAGCAUGAUUGCCACCAUCUGGGGAUGCAAAAUCAGCUUGCUUCUCAUGUACAACAGAAUGACCAUGGGUCUAAAACAACAACUCGCUGUCAAGAUUGUCGCUGGUUACGUUCUGGGGAGCUUUCUCAUCAUGGAGAUUUUGUAUUUUGGGGUCUGGUGUCGUCCCUUUAAGCAAUAUUGGCAGGUUCCUCCCGACAACGAGCAAUGCUCGACGGCAAUUAAUCAUUUGAUUACCAACGCCGUCUUCAACAUCACGACCGACAUGAUGAUGCUUUGCAUUCCAAUGCCGAUCUUGAUUAGCUCGCAACUUCCACGCAGCAAGUUAGUUUCAUCCCUCCGCAAAAUCCUCUCAAGUACCUUUUUUUAACCCGAUACAACAUUCAUCUCCCUUCGUAACGUCUUAUAUGCGACUAGAUGGUUUAAGAACUGACUCUGAUAGAAAAAUCAUCCUUUGCGGCCUCUUCGGGAUGGGAGGCUUCGUUGUGAGUAUCCUUUUCUGUCAAGUGAUUGAACCCCGACUGACUGUCCGAUAGAUUUUCUCAGCCUGCCUAAACAAAUAUUGGUCUUUCUCCCAACCGUUCUCCCCAAACUGGACAUACGUACGUUAAUCCAAUUCUCUAUUUCCCGCUGCACAAAUCUCAUCUCCAACGCUCCACUACCACACCAAGGCAUACAAAUCUAGUGCUAACUCCCAUCGCCAGUGGUACAUCCGAGAAGCCAGCACCGCAAUUCUAGUAGCUAACAUCCCCCUCUGCUGGACCCUCAUCCGCCGCAUGUUCAAACUCCCCUCCUUCCUCCAAAGCACCGCAGCACGCAGCCGCUCCAAAUCCCACCCCAUCACCCGUCUCACGGCACAAAUCCUACCACACAAAAGCAAAAGCAAGAACACUUCCGUCAAACACACGAAGGCCUCCCAGACGCAGCAAAAGACGGAUAGGAGCUGGUGGGAUGGAUCGAGGAUUUCACGACUGGGCAGGUCGGAGAGUGAGGAGUAUAUUGUUGGCGGCAGGCCGAAGGCUUCUGUCCCGCUUGAGGUGUGGGAAACUACUGUUGUGGAUGUGGAGAGGAGUGUGAGGGACCCUGGGGAUGUGGAUGUGGAGGCGGGGAAGGACGGGGAGAGGGGGAAGUUUGAUAUUUCGAAGGGGGAGAGUAAGACUGUUGUUACGGCGGAGGCGGGUCCGAUGCAUGGAAGGAUUGCUGGGGGCGCUGAGAGUUGA